AUGAGCUCGAACACGCUCAGGAACAACGAGCGACUCUCGGUGAUAUCCCGGGAACACAAUUUUCAACACUUCCUCACCCGAUUCGAACGUCAUUUGGAAUUCUUGAAGAAAAUUGAGACCGAUCAAAUGAACGAGCUCCAGCAGCAGCUUGCCGAUGCACUUAAGGUACAAGAAUCAGAGACAAUCGCAUGCAAAGAUCUGCUGAUCCGACGCGCCCGAGCAGCAGCGAACUGUGCGAAAUGUAAACGUGAGCUCGAUAAAGCCACAUCACAAGGGAAGAAUGUGCAGCAAGUGGCUGAAGUGUCCCGCGAAACAAACGAACUGCUGGACCUUCUAUCAGCGGAAGGCAAGGAACGGAUACCGAGAAGAUACCCUUACGUACUCCGAACGAGUUCAACUUUAGUGACAUCACCCGUCACAACCCGAGAUAAUAUUUAA